AUGAAGAGGAAAAGUGAUAUAACAAUUGCAGAGAAUAAUGAAUCAGGUGAGGCAACAGCUUGUGAUUGUCGUAUCCACUCCUUGACUAUGGCGAUGCAGGCUUGCCAUGGAUCUCAGAAUUCUCGAAUAUGUAGCCAAAGUGAUGUGGGUAGCAAUCAGCCAAGAAUGGUGCAAAUCAGUCCUGGCUCCUGUCAUCAGGGAUUCGAGCCUCUCAGCACUGUGUUCUGGAUGUCUGAUGAAGGUGGUGGGUACAAUGCUGAUGGGGAAAGGAGUCGGUCUGGAGAAGCAAAUGAUAAUCUAGAUAAAGAGAAUGAGUGUCCUACCAGCAACACGCAGCCAAGCUCAACUCUGACUUGCAGCCAACGAGUAUUAGCUAAGCGUUGGGGAAGAGCAUUGGCUUUGCAAGACAUCAGUAACAUGGCAUAUAUCUUGGAUUUAAAGUUUCAGUGUGUUGAGAGGCGGUGGCCAGGAGUAGGAACAAAUAGUCAAAGUGGAGCAGAAAAUCUCAACUAUCAAGGGGCCGAUAGCGGGGUCAAUAUGAAUGGUAAAAAAAAAGUUGAAGGAAAAAGUAGCAGCAGAAGAAGCCAGAGGAAUUCUUUUUUUGCAUCUGCUGACAUGAUGGAGAAUUAUUCUCAGCGACAAUAUUUAGCGGAUGCAGGGAGUUCAGCGAGUCAGGCUACGCAAUCAGCUUCUUUUUCAGGCUGUGCAAGAGGCUCAAGAGUUGAUUUUCAGGGACCUGCUGUAUCAUAUAUGCCAGUUCCGAUAGAAUUGCAAUAUAAGGAUUUGGAAUUCUGCUUUGAUAGAAACAUAACAUCUGAUUCUGGCAGGAGUGGUAGUGAUUCAGAUUAUAGUGCAGAAAAUGGGCGAAAUGGGCAUAAUUUGGCAUGUAAUCAUAGAAGCAAUAUUGCCGAACCAAGGAAGAUUGGACCAUCUUGCUCAUUCGGUUACGUGGAUGAAGGAGAUGCUGUAUAUAAAUGUCAGUAUUGUGGGGCAUUCAUGUGGUUUAAUGAGAAAGUUGGGAAUUGUUCGAAGCCUGUUUAUUCACAGCUCUAUAUUCAUGAUACUGAGAAUGAAGUCUCUAACCGUAUUUUUGCAGUAAGUAAACAUUUGAAGGAUUGCUCCAUCGAUGACAAGAUUGUUGAUCAAAUCAAGAAGGUACUUGAUGAAGUAAAUCCAUUUGUCAAACAAUAUCGCUUGGCAUCAUCAAUGAUUAAUAAUGGACCCCAUUUGGAUGUGAAGCUUCGAUUAAUUAGUGGGAGACAACAUGAUGGCCGUACAUAUAAUUUGCCAUCUGCUAAUGAGGUAGCUGCACUUAUUAUGGGGGAUAUUGAUAUGAAUUUUAGUAGGAGAGAUGUUAUAGUACAUGAGCUUUCAGGGUCGUUGCAGCGAAUUGAUGAGUUGCAUGCAUCAUAUCUUCCAUUGCAGUAUCCAAUUUUAUUUCCUAAGGGGGAAGAUGGUUAUAGGGAUGAUAUUCAACAUCGUGAAGAGACUAUUUCUUACACAAAAAAGAAGAAAAUGCUUAGCAUGAGGGAAUAUUUUGCAUAUCGCUUAAUGGCACGUGAAAAUGAGAUCUCAACUGUAUUACAUGCAGGGAAGUUAUUCCAACAAUUUAUAGUUGAUGGGUAUACUAUGAUUGAAGCACAAAGGCUGUUAUGGGUGAGAACCCACCAAAAGGAGCUUAGAGUAGAUUUAUACCAAGGCUUAACAGAUGCUUUGUUGAGUGGUGAAAGAAAUGCAGCAUCAACAGGGAAGCGUAUUGUAUUGCCAUCUUCAUUUACUGGGGGGGCACGUUAUAUGCUAGGGAAUUACCAAGAUGCAAUGGCUCUUUGCAGAUAUUUUGGAUAUCCAAGCAUAUUUGUAACCUUCACGUGUAACCCAGCUUGGCCAGAGAUAUCACGAUAUUGUGAUGGGCAAGCACUGUUGUCCUCAAAUAGGCCAGAUAUAUUGGUAAGAGUGUUCCAGAUGAAAUUGAAAGCUUUGAUGGCUACUAUUAAGAAGAAAAAGAUUUUUGGGACAGUUCUUGCAGAUGUCUAUACUAUAGAGUUCCAAAAAAGGGGGUUGCCACAUGCACACAUUCUAUUGUUUCUUAGCCCGCAUGAUCAGUUGACUAAUCCAAGUGAUGUUGACAAGGUUAUUUCUGCAGAAAUUCCUGAUAAGCAAUCAAAUCUGGAGUUACAUGAAAUAGUAAAGAAAUUUAUGGUGCAUGGGCCAUAUGGUUGCUUUAAUAGCAAAGCUCCAUGUAUGAAGGAUCAUAAAUGUAGUAAGUAUUUCCCUAAGAAGUUUGUUGAAAAUACUGUGAUUGAUGAUGAAGGGUAUCCUACAUAUAGAAGAAGAGAUGAUGGUAGGACCAUAGAGGUAAAAGGGGUUCCAUUGGAUAACCGAUACAUUGUUCCUUAUAAUCCUACUUUGUUGCUGAAGUUUCAGGCUCAUAUCAAUGUCGAGAAGUGUAACCAAAGUACUGCUAUAAAGUAUUUAUUUAAGUAUAUUAGCAAGGGUAAUGAUAGGGUGAUUGCAUCGAUAUAUGAUGGUAACCAGGAAAGUAAUGGUGUGCGAGUGGUUGAUGAGGUCCAGCAGUAUUAUAACUUUAGAUAUAUCUCAGCAUGUGAAGCUGCUUGGCGGAUUUUUGCCUUUGAUAUUCAUCAUCGAUAUCCUGCGGUUGAGAGGCUUAGCUUCCAUUUACCUAAUCAGCAAUAUGUGAUGUAUUCAAAUGCCGAUGAUGUGGCGGAGGUUUUAGAUAAGCCAAGAGUAUGUGAAUCAAUGUUUCUUGCAUGGAUGAAAACAAACUCAAGGGAAGAUUUUGCAAAAACAUUGACAUACUCAGAGUUUCCCCAACAUUAUGUGUACCAAAGGACUAAGAGGGAAUGGAAAUGA